AGAUAUAAUUCCAUUAACACUAUGCAGUGCCUAAUCACACUCUUCAAUUCUAUAACCAUUUUAUUUACGUCAUAGUUGUACAAACAUAUGUCCUAAAAUUGAGAAAGAGCAAAAAGCAUUAUUUUUAUGUUAUUUAACUGUUUUAGUUUACAGGCUCUCAAUUCACUUUUUGUAAGAUUUAAGUUUGUAUUUUACGUCUUAUUUAGGCUCUUACAGCUUUCAUAUCUGUGUUAGUCUCAAUAUUUUCCUUAUUAUUAGUAAGAGAACAUAGUUUUUAGCACAUAAUUCUUUUGAUUAUAAAAUUAAUUUCCGCCAAAGGCAAAUCGUGUUUAGUUAAUUUAAUUGUUUAUUCAAGUCUUGUGAAAUAUUUGUAAUUUUUUGAGAUGUGAAUGGAGAUAAUUAUCCAGUUGGAUUGGAAUAUCACAAAAAUUUGUUUCUUAUCUGAGGUCUACAUUUCUUGCUUUAAUCUCUGAAUGUACUAAUCUUACUUACCCACAUGGAUUGAUAAUAUUGUUAAUAGUAAAAUAAAACAUAUGUUUUAACUGGAAAUGUCAAAAUGUUAUAUUUACUCUAUUAAUCUACAAUUAUACAAAGUAUUGUGUCAAUAAUUGUUAAGUUUAAAGUAUUACCAGAAGUAUUAUAAAUUAUUAAGGUGUACAAAUUUAAAAUAUUCGAUACAUAACACUCUUUUUGAGUGGUUUAUUAAAUACAGCACACCAUUUAUUUGUAUUGUGCCCAUCUUCAAAUUACAUUGGUAAAGGUUUUGUAUCUCUAAGGGAAUAAAAAGGUAAAACAGAAUGACGGCAAUAGCAGCAGCGGAAAAGAAAAAGAAAAAGGAUGAAAUGUAUUAUAGGUUUAACACUAGCAGAGGUAUGGGUUACAUGAAGAGUCGAAGAAGGAACUAUGGUGAAGCUGCGGCAUUGUUCUCAACCGCCAUUGAAAAUGCGGAGCCAGGCUUCGAGGUACCUUUGAUCAUUGCACGCAGCAAGGCCUACAGUAAGCUGGUAGACCACGCGGCGGCACGAAAAGACGCGCUGGACAUCGUGGAGAAACACCCGGACGAGAUCCGAGGACUUGAAAAUGACGCUUUUACCUUGUAUGAAAAAGACGACUUUGAGGAUUCUCUAGUCCAGAAUUACUGUGGGCUACGCAGACGCAAGAAGCCUGACUACUUUUACAAAGGGAUUCUUGUGGGUAAAGAGACAAUAGAGGACUGUAUAGGGCGCAACGCAGGGCCCUGCAUGGAUCAGGAUAGAUUAGGGCGCACCAUUGUGGACAUGCACGUCAAGCCCAAACAUCAUCAAAGCAAUCUUGAUGACUUGGCGGUGGCCAAGGAGAAGUAUGAGAAGAAGCGAAUGGAUCAGUUUUUAGCGCAGAAAUAUCUUGGUAGACUUGCAGCGGACAAGAAGUUCCUCAUGGAUUUCCUGGAACAAUCUGAUCUUAAAUCGGGUAACAAGGAACAUAAUCAGCAGCUCGAGGACUUAUUGACUCAUAUGAUUGAAGUAAUCAACAGACAGCAGGAAACAUUGAUGACCCAGCGACCCAUGUACAUGUUGAAACACCACGAACCAAAGUUCUCCGAGAAGUACAAAAUUAAAAAGCGCAAUGUAGAUAACAGCUGGAGAGGAGGUGUAAUGAAUGUGAUUGAAAAACUACUAGGUGAUGCCAAUGCACUGGAGCGUGAUUGGAAGAUAGAAGCAUGUCUUAACGUGUGCGAUAGACUUAGGAGGUUUGUGGAGUGCCAGCCGAGCAGCCUUCUCUCAGACCGAGCCAGGGAGCAAGUGUUGGACAGACUGUACGAUGUGAUCGGACGUCUCUUUAUGGACACCAAGUGUUUCAUACCGUCUUGGUCAGAAGUUGACAACGAGCAGCGGAUAGAAUUUAUCCUGCGUUCUCGCAUUGAUGACCCUCGCUUCAUCGACAGGGUGUACACCACGUACCUCCCACGGAUAUGGAACGUCAAAGAGAUGAAGAAAGACCUAGAAUCCCGACUGGCAGUUUCUAUACACAGGGUGGAGCGAAUGUAUCUGUGUCAUGAGUUAACCCGUUGUCUGUUCGAGGAAGGAGCCACUGAGAAGGCGUACAAGAUGGUGUCUGGUGUCUACAAGAUUGCACAGGAGUCCAGAAACCUCCUGUGGAGUUUCAACUUAGGAUUUCUGAUAGCAGUAUCAGUUCUGCUUGAGGGUAGCGUGGAGGAUGCCAAGAUGACCUUGACUGAGGUCAUGAUCGUAGCCCGCAAACUAGAGCGGGACGAUUGUGCUUCGUUCGUACAAAGGGCAAUAAAAUUAUCAAUGGAACCCCAACGCCUGAACUACGAAUCUGAGGAUCCGGCGACACAACGAGAAAAAGACAUAAUGAAAUUGAUGCCUACACUUGAGCUGAAGGCACGGACAAACACGGUUAUGCAGAAGAUAUUAAGCGCACCUCGCCAGGCCAAGCUACAGCUGCAGCCAAGCACCCAGAUGAAGGGGAUAGGGGGGAGCGGGUCGCGGUGGUCUAUGAAGGCAACGAAGCGAGCCAAGCGGCGGACCCUGUAUGAAGUGAUGACACAUAAGAAUCAGACCCAGAAGUGGAUGGUGACUGACGCUAACAUUCCAUCUUCUAUGGACUGAACAUUUGUUCUCUUACUGAUGGCUAAUUUAGAAUAAUAAAUUAAAUUUGUUUCUUAAUAAAGAAAGAUCAUUUAUUAUUGCCAUA